UUAAAGUCAGUUAACUAAAGUCUCCUUGCUACUCUGAAAUCUUGGAAGCGAUCACAUCAAUUCAGGAAUUCUUUCUAUGGGAACACCUGCUGAUUCUAUCACAAUGAAGUGGCUGCUUUAUGUGUCCUUGGUGUGCUUCUCUGCAAUGGCACAGCUGCAUAAAGACCCUGCCCUGGAUCACCACUGGCAGCUCUGGAAGAAAACCUAUGGCAAACAAUACAGACAAAAGAAUGAAGAGGCAGCAAGGCGUCUCAUCUGGGAAAAGAAUCUCAAGUUUGUUACGCUUCACAAUCUGGAGCAUUCAAUGGGAAUGCAUUCAUAUGAUCUAGGCAUGAACCACUUGGGAGACAUGACCAGUGAAGAAGUGGUGUCUUUAAUGAGUUCCCUGAAGAUUCCCAGUAAAUGGCACAGAAAUGACACUUACAAGUCAAACCCUAAUCAGAAAUUGCCAGAGUCUUUCGACUGGAGAGAGAAGGGGUGUGUUACUGAAGUCAAAUCCCAGGGUUCCUGUGGUGCUUGCUGGGCUUUCAGUGCUGUGGGAGCCCUAGAAGCACAAGUGAAGAUGAAAACAGGAAAUCUGGUCUCUCUCAGUGCCCAGAAUCUGGUGGAUUGUUCAACUGAAAAAUAUGAGAAUAAAGGCUGCAAUGGUGGCUUCAUGACGGAGGCUUUCCAAUACAUCAUUGAUAACAACGGCAUUGAUUCAGAAGCUUCCUAUCCCUACAAGGCCAUGGAUGGAAAGUGCCAAUAUGACUCAAAAAAUCGUGCCGCCACGUGUUCAAGGUACACGCAACUUCCCUAUGGUGAUGAAGAUGUCCUGAAAGAAGCUGUGGCCAAUAAAGGACCUGUGUCUGUUGCUAUAGAUGCAAGUCAUCCUUCUUUCUUCCUCUACAAAAGUGGUGUCUACUAUGACUCAUCCUGUACUCAGAAUGUGAAUCAUGGUGUACUAGUGGUUGGCUAUGGUAACCUUAAUGGGAAAGACUAUUGGCUUGUGAAAAAUAGCUGGGGCCUCCACUUUGGUGAACAAGGAUAUAUUCGGAUGGCAAGAAAUAGUAAAAAUCAUUGUGGGAUUGCCAGUUAUUGCUCUUACCCGGAAAUUUAGAGGACCUCUUCAUUUUAUAACAAGUCAAGAAGAUGAAAUACUUUCUCUUAAUUUUACCUGCUGUAGAAAUAAAGAUGAAAUGUAUCAACAUCAAUAUAUAUUUACCAUUUCUAAUUAGAAAAUUUUGCUUUCACUUUAUAAAGCUUUGCAUAUUUCUGAAAAAAGCUUGCAAAGUAAAUGAAUAAUGUACCAUAGAUGUCACUGUAUUAGAAUUGGUCCACCAAGGACAAUCUGAGAAGUUUGUCCUUGUUUUAUUUUGCACUCUUUAUUUUUUUUCUUUCAAUAGCCUUUUGUAACUUGGUGGUCUAAAAGAGCUUAAUAAAUCUAUUUCAAAUUUC